UUAUUUGAUAUUGUUGUUACACCGUUAUGGCGGCGAUAUCAUAGGGCAUAGAUGAUAUUGCAAGAAUUUUCCAGUCUACACUGUACCACAUUAUUCGCCGAUAGUGUCUGAUUGAACAAUUGAAUUCGCUCAUCUGUCUACCUCCUAAACCUUUCUUGUUAAUAUUUAAAAACAAAAAGUUGUCAAUUGAAUUCGGCAAAAUAUUCGUCAGUCAUCCGCGAGAUUUGAACGCUGGUGAAACGUUUAAGACUCCGUAUUCCAAUACGUUCGUUUCCCUUUGUUUAGAUUUUUAUCAGUUCGGGCCGCCGCCACCGCCGCAGUCAUUAGAACGCGUAUGCACACACACUCACACAAACACAUAGACACACACACAAAAUCUCAAACACAUAGACACACUUUGCUCUACUUAUAAGUUACAACUACCAAUAAUUGUAUAACGCAAUCAAUUUAUAAUAUACUCUAAUUCAUAUCUAUUCAACAUGUCGAAACUUCUAUGUGCGAUAAUCACGGUCAUCAUAUCGGUAUGCUUGUUGGCUCUAAUUAGCUGCACGAAUGCCGAUGGUCACGGUUCUUUGGAAUUGGACGAGGAUAACUGGAGUGACAUAUUAACCGGUGAAUGGAUGGUUUUGUUGUGAGUAUAGUAUUUAAAUGACUAAUUUGAAUGUAAAAAUUAAUUAUGGUUAUGGGUUCAUGGUUCAACACAACAAUGGAUGAGAAUAAAGUACCUUGACUAGAUAGAGAAGAUAGAAAUAUUUAUAACUCUUUAACAAAAGGAACGGAGUGCUAAGUUAUAAGAUAAAUCCAAUAAUUAGACCAAAUGGUAAAUUAUAUAAAACUGAUGAAACAGCAUAGGUAUUGGGCAACAGUAAAAAGAAAAAUUGAGCAGAAGAUAAAAAUGCUUGAAUGGAUAAGUAUUGGGUGGUAUAUAGAAAAAUAGAAUGGAGUAUAAAUGUUGCAGAGAUGAAAACAUGUAGAUGGAUACAUGGAAUGACAAUAGAAGAUAGGAUAAAGAAUAAGUACAUUAGAGAUAACUUAGGUAUUACUUCGAUGUGGACUACAUGAGAGAAAAUAGACUGAGAUAAUUUGGAAACAUGAGAAGACGAAUACGAAGUAGUAAGAAUUUCAAUACAAAUAUGGAAAUAGAUAUGUGAUGAAAGGUGGUUGGAUGCAAUUGAGAAUAAUAUGAGGAUAGUGGGUGUCGAGGACGAUUUGGGGUUCAGGUCAAGUGGAAGUUUAAGAAAAGUGUGGCUGAAGAAGAGGUCUGAUGAGUCACUAGAGACUAUAGAACAAGGAAGUUGUUUGAAUAAGUUAGCAAGGGAUAUCAUAGAUAUUAUUUUGAUAGUUCAUAUGAAGAUAAGAGAAAAUAUCAUAAGAUGGUUUGAGCAUAUUGUGAUGAGAAAAAAUAAGACAUUGUAUUGUUAAAGAAAAAAGAUGAGGGAGAUACUAUUAGAAUACUAUAAAUUCUGAUGGGUUGGUAAAUUUCUUAUGAAAUGACUUGUUUAUUAUUUUAUUUAAUGUUUAUAUAUGUAUAUUGCAUAUGAAUGGUGUUUGUUGUUAGUUCUUUGCUGUGUUACGUAAUUUAUCAGAUAUUUAAUUUGCUGUCGUUUUGUGUUUGGUUUACACAAAUUGUUCUGUGUUUUUAUUUUAACUGUAAAUAAAAAUUCAGAACUGUGUUAGAUAGACUGCGAAAACAAAUAAUAAAGAUUUGUUAGUUUUUAAUAGCUAAUGCCCGAGACUUAAUAUGUUAAUAAACAUUUAAAUAUUCACUUAAAAUUGUUUGAAUAAGUACACAUUAUAAAGAUGGCGUUAUAUCCGCAUUUACUGUCUCAACCCAACUACUGGGUAACCAUGUAAAAACAAUGCUUACGCAGAAUAAGUAAAUCUAGCUAAUUUUUGAUUUUAAAGUAAAAGUACUUAUUAUGAAAUGUAUAGAAAACAAUAUAUUGAAGCGAAUGUUAUAGGUAUUUUUUUGAAUUAUAAUCUAUUAAAAAUGUUACAGUUAUUUAAAAAAAUAAAAAUAAAAGGUUUUUAUAUCGAACUGUAUAUUUUGAAUAAUACAAAAACUCUACUACAUUCCCUCCAAAAUAUUGUUCUCUAUAAAUUUCAUUAUAGGUACUUUUACUCUAAAAUCAAAAUUAAGCUAGUUUUACUUAAUCUAUGUAAACAUUACUUACUUUUGCAUGUUACCUGAUAAUUGGACUAAGAGGAUAUAAUGUCCUCUUAAAAAUAAAAAUGUGAUUGAAUAUAAGUAUACACAAAAAAAAAUUGUUUAGAUAUGCUCUAUCAAAAUAUAGGGUAUCCUACAUGUUAAAUGUAUUUUUCUAAAGCUAUUCAAAAUUAUUUUUUUUUUUAUUUUCAUUGUUUUUCUUUGAGAGGCAUCUAUUUAAAAAAAAAAAAAAAUAAUUUUAUUUCCAUCCCUAAAUCACUAAAAGAAAAUAACGUUAUUUAUUCACUUAACAAAAUUUUCAAGGAAUUACCAUGCUGAUUGUGAUUCUUUAUCGGGUAAUGUGUUAUUCUAUUAAAAAUUAAUUGCUUUUACAUCUAUUUCCUAGACAUUAAAGGGCUAUUACUAAGAAACGUAUCAAAAAUCAAAAUUAAAAUUAAUUUUUAAUAGCUCUAGACACAUAAAUAUUAUAUAUGUUCAAACAAAUUUUAAUUCAUAGUUAGAAGUUAUUAACAUAAAAUAAUAUUAUAUAUUAUGCUCUAUCAACAUCAAAUUAUACACUAAAGUAAAUAUAUCUUGCCAUUUUUCUUGUUAAAUUGAUAAUUUUAAAAGUAAAACUUCAAAAAAUAAGAUUAAUUUUGAAAAUUUAACUUAAUUAGUGCCUAGAAAAGUAUACAUGUACUUACCUACUAUUAAAAACAAUUUGGAAAUUCUUUCUUUUUUUUUUUUUGUAAAACUAACAAUUAUUUAUUUUAAAACCUUAAAAUUAUAAUUUUAAUAAGAAAAAGAAAUAAAAUAUGCAAUAUAGAUUAAAUAAUUUUAAAUUUAGAAUCCAUAACAAGUUUGUACCAAAUUAAAAUUCUCCUAUAAACUUCCCUAACAAAUAUCCAAUUACAUAAAGAUGUUAGUAUCAACCUUUAUACCUAAUAACUUUUUGUGAACAGUGUAUAAAAUAAUUGAAAUUGUAUUAGUUAAUUAUUAUGUUUAUUGGUAUAGAUACCAAUCUAUUGAAAAAUCAAAUAUUAAUUUUAAUAAUUUUACUUAGCUUGUUAUACAAUAGACAAUUUAUUUGAAUCAAUAUUUUCUUUUUAGCUAUGCACCCUGGUGUCCAGCAUGUAAGUCCCUUGAACCUGAAUGGAGAGAAUUUGGCAAAUUGAGUGAACAACAUUUGGAUAUUUCAGUUGCGAGUACUGAUAUAACUCUGUCACCAGGAUUAACUGGUCGUUUUAUUGUUACUACAUUACCAACGAUUUUUCAGUAAGAAAAGUUAUUUCUAACUUAAUUUAAAUUUAAAAUUGUUUUAGUUAGAUAAUGAUCAUAUUUGUUGAACUUUGUAUGUAAUAUUUGUGUAUAUUUUAAUUAAUCAAUUAUUUGUAUAUAUUAUUUCAAAAAAAAAAUCAUAUUUAUUUUGUAGUGUUAAAGAUGGUAUAUUCAGAUAUUAUAAGAUGGGACGUGAUAAAGAAUCAAUGAUAUCUUUCGUAAAAGAACGUAAAUGGGAAAAAUUAGAAUCUAUUUCCUCCUGGAAAGCACCAAACUCAAUUCAAAUGUCAAUUUUAGCUCAAUUUUUUAAAAUGUCCCAAAAAGUUAGAGUGAGUAUAAAUAUAUCUGUUAUUUUCUUAUUCUUCAGGUUUAUAGGCCGUUAAAGCCUAUCAUAACUCACUAUUCCUCCCUAUUAUUUGAAAUGCCUUCUAAGUUAUUGACACCAAAUAUUUAAAAAAUCUAAUGUGUCAAAUCAAAGAUUAAAAUAUUUUCAUGUAUUUUUUUAAACAAAAAUUAGGUCAUAUGAGAAUUAUUUAUAUAAAAAAUUGCUCAUAACUUAAAUUAGUAGGUUAGGUUUUGACAAAAGUCAAAAAACCUAUUUAUAUUUGUAAGAAUUAAACAUUAAAUCACUCAUUCUUUCAGACAACAAAUUUGUGCACCUGCUCUCUUAAAUCUUCUCAUUAAAAAAGUCUGUACAAUACAUAUUAUUUAAUAUUUAUAUGGUGUUAUACAUUAUUUAUAUCAUAGACCUUAAACUAAUAGACAAGAAACAUAUAUAAUUACAGUAUUGUGGGGGCCUGGAAACAUAUUACAGUGAUGUAGUACAUCUUGACACUAGGUGUGCUAAUUUUACCGUAAUAUGCUAAUUCAAGUUAUCAUACACUUAUACUGUGUGUAUAAUUAAUAGUUAUACUUAGGGAAUCAAUAUAAUUAUAUAGGCUCUCUAAUUAUACUAUUAAGGAAUGAAUAUUGUUCUUCCUGCGGUACUAAAAAUUACUCUAAUAGUUUUUGAGUCUAUAAAUCUCAUACACACAGAUAGAUAGACAUCUGUUUUCUUAUAUUAUAUAUAGAUUAUAGAUUACUACUUCAUUGAGAAUUAUUUUUUUUUUAUUUGAAAUAAUUUAUUAAAACUACCUAAUUAAUUUUAUAACAAACUUAUUUUUACAGUCUUUAAAUUAUAAAUAUUUUCAACUAAUAAACUAAAAAAAUAAAACAGAAAGUAACAUACUGACAAAAAAAAAACAUUUACUUAUAAUAAGUUAUGAUUGGUAUAUUUAACAGAAUAUAAAAUAGGUAAAGGAUGGUGGAUGAUCAAAUAAAUAUUGGGAACUGAUACAAUAUUUUAUAGAUAUAGAAUACCUAUUUAAUAAGAUAAUCUUACAGUCACUCAAUUACCGAAAAGGGCCUUCUAUCUUUCUACAUAACUGUUAUUUAACAUUUCCUACAAUAUAUAUAUAUAUACCUGUAUAGAAUUAUUACCCUUGAAGAAUAUACUUUGUUUACUUAAACUAUUAAGAUGUAAAAAAAAACAUACACCUUGGCCAUUAUAAUAUGUAUAUGUAAAAACUAAUAUUUAAAUUUAUUCUUUAUUAGAUUUUGCAUUCAGCAUUGGUGGCUGAAUAUGGACUCCCAACAUGGGGUUCAUACUUGAUAUUUGCUAUUGCUACAAUAUUUGUUGGCGCUGUACUGGGACUAGUAAAUAGACUUGUGAUUUUUGAUUUAUGUUACAAUUUUAACUCAUACAAUUUUAUUUUUUUUAGAUAUUGGUUUGUAUUAUUGAUUUUAUUUAUCCUCCAAAUCAUCCAAAGGACCAUUCUAAAGAUAAAGAUAAAGAAUGCAGCGAUAGUGGCCAAGAAUCAGUAAGUUAAAUUACUAUUAUACUCAUGUUUACUAAUUGUUAACUAUAUGUUUUUAACAAAAUUACUUAUUUUUUCAGGAUGAUGAACUUGUAAAAGAUGAAAUUAUAGAUGAUCGAGAUUGUGAUGAACCAACUAAAACUGACCAAACAUUAAAAAAUAGACGCAAAAAUCGUAGAACCGACUGAUUACUUUUUCAAAUAACCAUUUCUUCAAUACAAUUCCAUUUAAAAAAACUCAUACCAAUUAAUGUAUUAUUAUCUUUUCUAAUAUAAAACAUUACUUUGAUAAUUAUUUAUCAGUUAAUUAUUAGGCUCACGACUAAUUAAGUAAAUAUUAAUAUUGAAAACUUAAACAAAAGCAGUCAAUUAUUUUAUAAUUUAUUGCUGUUUUAAAGAAAUUUAGGCUUAAAGCAUAGCUGAAUGCUUCUUGCUUGUUCCUAAAUGUUUAUAAGUAGUCAUUUUUAUAAACGUUUUUUAUAAGUUUUAUUUAUGUAUAUAGUUAUAAAUAAAACUAUGAUUCCAAUCAUUAUUGUAUUGUUGUAUGGUUUAUUUAUUUUAUUCUAAGUAAAUUGAGAGUUACAAUUCAUUAUAUUUUAUUGUAAUAACCACUUACUAUUACACACAUUUUGAUAAUCUGCCCUGAU